UAGCAUAUAUCCCAUUACGCCUGAACGCAGCACAGAUAGCCAGGCUCCGUGAAGAUGGCGGACUGUAUACGUGUUCCUCUACUGCUGCUGUUGAUGUACAUCUUAUCACCUUUGGUUCCAACUCGAGCGGAUAACAACGCUGUCCCCAGAUUUGCGGAGAAUGCAGAUAACCCACAGAAUCUCCCCGGGGGUUUGGCACCGGCUGCGGUGAACCCGGGAGCCGCUGAGAAGAACCUGGGAGCAAGGGCCUCGCUGCCUCGGAGACGCUCUGCCGGUUGGAAGUUGGCAGAGGAGGCGGUAUGCAGAGAGGACCUCAGCCGGCUUUGUCCCAAGCAUUCCUGGAACAACAACCUAGCGGUGCUGGAGUGUCUCCAGGACAGGAAAGAGGACACAGAGAUUGCAACUGAAUGCAACCAUCUGCUGUGGAACUACAAGCUGAAUCUGACCACUGACCCAAAGUUUGAGUCGGUUGCUGUGGAGGUCUGCAAGACAACCAUCCCUGAGAUUAAAGAAUGUGCAGCAGAGGAACUUGGGAAAGGUUACCUGGUGUCCUGUCUGGUGGAUCACCGCAGUAACAUCACUGACUAUCAGUGCAACCAGUACAUCACCAAAAUGACCACCAUCAUCUUCAGCGACUACCGAUUCAUCUGUGGCUUCAUGGACAAAUGUCGGGAGGACGUAAACGUGCUGCACUGUGGCAGCGUCAUAAUUUUUUUCAAGGACAUCCACUCUCAGGGCGAGGUUAUUGCCUGUCUUGAGAAAGGUCUUGUGCGGGAGGCAGAGGAGCAGCCAGGAGCUCACUCCAUCAAAGAAGACUGUAAGAAGGCCAUCAUGAGAGUGGCCGAGCUUUCGUCUGAUGACUUCCACCUGGACCGCUACCUUUACUUCGCCUGCCGCGAGGAUCGGGAACGCUUCUGUGAAAAUAUACUGGCUGGGGAAGGACGGGUUUACAAAUGUCUAUUUAAUCACAAGUUUGAAGAAGCCAUGACUGAGAGGUGUCGCGAGGCUCUGACCACCAGGCAGAAGUUAAUCGCGCAGGACUACAAGGUGAGCUAUUCGCUUGCCAAAGCCUGCAAAUCAGACCUGAGAAAGUACCACUGCAGCGUGGACAGCACCAUGCCACGGGCGAGAGAAGCUCGUCUGUCCUACCUGCUGCUUUGUCUGGAGUCGGCCGUUCAUCGAGGCCGUGUUGUUAGUGGAGAGUGUCAGGGCGAGAUGAUGGAUUACAGACGGAUGCUGAUGGAGGACUUUUCUCUGAGUCCCGAGAUUGUGCUGCACUGUCGCGGCGAGAUUGAGAAUCAUUGCUCUGGUCUGCACCGCAAAGGUCGAACACUGCACUGCCUGAUGAGGGUCGGCCGAGGGGACAUGAGGGGGAUUGAGCCCAACUGUCAGAAGGCACUCCACACUCUGCUCCAGGAAGCAGAUCCCGGAGCAGACUACCGCAUCGAUCGAGCCCUAAACGAGGCCUGUGAGUCUGUCAUCCAGACUGCCUGCAAACACAUCCGCAGCGGAGACCCUAUGAUCUUGUCAUGUCUGAUGGAGCACUUGUACACUGAGAAGAUGGUGGAAGACUGUGAACAAAGACUGUUGGAGCUGCAGUAUUUCAUCGCCCGAGACUGGAAGCUGGAUCCCAUCCUGUACAAGAAAUGUCAGGGUGAUGCCUCCAGGCUCUGCUUUACUCAUGGCUGGAAUGAGACCAAUGAGAUGAUGCCACCCGGGGCCAUAUUCUCCUGCCUGUAUCGUCAUGCUUACCGCUCUGUGGAGCAGGGACGCAGGCUCUCAAGGGACUGUAAGGUGGAGGUUCAUAGGAUUCUCCACCAGAGGGCGCUCGACGUGAAACUGGAUCCUGACCUCCAGUCACGCUGUCUGACUGAUCUGGGGAAGUGGUGCAGUGAGAAGACGGAGGCAGGUCAGGAGCUGGAGUGUCUGCAGGACCAUCUGGAAGACCUGGUGCUGGGAUGCAGAGAAGUGGUGGCAAACCUGACGGAGCUGGAGUCGGAGGAUAUUCAGAUCGAUGCCCUGCUGAUGAGAGCCUGUGACCCCAUCAUCCAGGCUCACUGUCACGAGGUUGCUGAUAAUCAAAUAGACUCUGGUGAUCUGAUGGAGUGUUUGGUUCAGAACAAACACCAGAAGGAGAUGAAUGACAAAUGUGCAGUCGGUGUCACACACUUCCAGCUGAUCCAGAUCAAAGACUUCCAUUUCUCCUACAAGUUCAAAACAGCCUGCAAGGAAGACGUCCUCAAACUAUGUCCCAACAUCAAAAAGAAGGUGGAUGUUGUGAUUUGCCUCAGCACCACUGUCAGGAACGACACACUGCAGGAGGUCAAGGAGCAGCGGGUGUCGGUCAAAUGUCGUAAACAGCUGCGGGUCGAGGAGGUGGAGAUGUCGGAGGACAUCCGCCUGGAGCCAGAACUCUACGACUCCUGCAAGCAGGACAUCAAACAAUUAUGUCAGAAUGUAGCAUUUGGCAAUGCACAGGUGAUCGAGUGUCUGAAGGCGAACAAGCGUCAGUUGUCUUCACGUUGUCACCAGCGGGUCUUUAAGCUGCAGGAGGUGGAGAUGGUUGAUCCUGAGCUGGACUACCAGCUGAUGAAAGUCUGCAAGCACAUGAUCCGGCGUUUCUGUUCAGAGUCGGAGGGAAAAAAUAUUCUUCAGUGUCUAAAACAGAACAAGAACAGUGAGCUGAUGGAUCCCAAAUGUAAACAGAUGAUCACAAAGAGACAGAUCACACAGAAUACAGAUUACAGAUUGAACCCUGUGCUGAGAAAAGCCUGUAAAGCUGACAUCCCCAAGUUCUGUCAGUCUGUUCUGAACAAGGCCACACCAGACAGUGAGCUGGAGGGUCAGGUCAUCUCCUGCCUGAAACUCAAAUAUGCAGACCAGCGUUUGUCGUCGGAUUGUGAGGAUCAGAUUCGGGUCAUUCUUCAAGAGUCGGCGCUGGACUACAGACUGGACCUUCAGCUACAGAUCCAUUGUACACAGGAGAUUUCCCAGCUGUGUCCAGAGGAGGCAGCAGCUCAGGAGCAGACAGGGCAGGUGGAGGAGUGUCUGAAGGUUAACCUCCUGAAAAUCAAACAGGAGGCAUGUAAGAAGGAGGUGCUGAACCUGUUAAAGGAAAGUAAGGCAGACAUCUUUGUGGACCCUGUUCUUCACACAGCCUGUGCUCUGGACAUCAAGCAUCACUGUGCUGCCAUUCCACCUGGCAGGGGGCGCCAGAUGUCAUGUCUCAUGGAGGCACUGCAGGACAAACGCAUCCGGCUCCAGCCAGAGUGUAAGAAGAGACUGCAGGAUCGCAUCGACAUGUGGAGCUAUGCUGCCAAGGUUGCUCCUGCUGAGGGUUUCUCAGAUCUGGCCACGCAGGUGAUGACGUCACCGUCCAAAAACUACAUCCUGACUGUGAUUGCUGCAGGCGUGGCACUGCUUUUCUUAAUGGGUCUGUUCUGUGGACGCAUCACUAAACGUGUCACUCAGGAGCUGAAGGACAGGUAGACCACACUGACUUUGUGGUCAGGACACGCCCACAGGAGAAACGACCAUCGCUGAAACAGGACUCCACCCCUUCCUCUGUGGUUUACCCCUCUGACAGCUCCAGAAAAAACUUCCACCUGCCUCUCCAGUUCUCCUUACCAUGUCUCUUUUAUUUCCACCAGCACUUCCAGUGUUUUCUUGCCUCUUCUUUCGUUGCUGGAAUGAUGUCACUCACAGCCAUGGUGGGCGAGAUGAAAUACUCAUCAGUGGUUCUCUGACAAAGCCGCGCCCACCUGGCGUAUCCUUCUUCUUUUGCUUUACGUUCUCUUUGACGAAGAGCGCUGGUUCGUCUUAACGGUUCCAUCCACGUUCUUCUGCAAGAUGCAGUGUUACCGUUUUUUUCCCUCCUCCUUUUUUACUAAGCCAGGAAGGGAGUUGGACGAGGGGAAGAAGGUAUCACGGGUUGUACAGACUCGGGGUAAAAGGUGAAACCUAACGGGUGAGGGAAGUGAUGAAAAUCUUAGUGUAAAUCUACAGGAAGUGGGAUGGGGAAUUGCUCGUGUAUAGAAUCUACAGUGUGAGUGUGAUGGUGUGUGUGUGUGUGUGAAUGAGAGAGAGUGAGAGAGAGAGCGUGUGAGUUUGUGUGUAGGAAAACUGUCCUUAUGUCAUCAUGUCCUUCUGGUUCGUCCUCCUGCUUCAAUACCUUAUUGGUUGUUUGCCUCUGGAUUUUUUUUUUCCUACUUGUUCAAGUGUAAGAUGAAUUUUAUCGCCAUGGGACUGCCAGGUGGGUGGUGCACCAGCCAACCCUCCACCAAGCCGCACAGAUACGGAAAAAUAUUUUAUGGGGGGGAGGCUCACAACCACUCCCAACUUGCUUUGCUGUAAGCUCCUCCUGCAAUGGUAUUAAUUGUGGAUAAAAAUUUUAUAUAAACAUGUAUAUGUAGUUAAAAACAGCAGACCUGGCAAUUUCACUUCCCCUUUAAUGCCGCCCAUUAGUUUUUAAUUUAGUUUUAUUAUCUCGCAGCCAAACCUGUGCCAUAGACUGAUGUCGCCGUCCCAGCAUUUGGACUAGGUGCUGCUCUGAUGAUGGUGUCAGUGGUGGUGUCAGUGGUUGGUACAUGAAGCUGAGAGCACUGCAGGAAAAAAGUUAACAAAAAAAUAUACAGUAUAUAUAUAUCCAUUACAACAGAGAUGUGAACAUUUGUGUAAAGAUGAUACUGGAAUCCUUGCACAUUUUUCUUUUUAUAUAAAUAUGUGUAUUGUUUUGUUCUCGCCUUAUUUAUUGUCUAUCAAUGAACAAUUUUUUUUUUUUUUUUUUUUGCCUUUUUAAAGUGAUUUGAAUGUUCUCUGGUUGCCUUUUCUUCCAGGUGAGCAUGUGUUUCUCUAGUCUGCCUGGGGUCAGAGGGCAUUGUGAGGCAAAUUUCUACUGUGUCAGUUUCAGUGAGCAGCAUGGUGUUACAUGGUUGCUAGCACAGUGAUCAUCUGAAGCAACAAAGACAGACUGAGCUCUGUGAUGUGUUGAUCUUUGACCUGAGGGGUUGAACAAAGCGCUGCCCUCCCUGCUGAUAAACAAAGCAUUCUGAUUGGCUCAUUUGCCUUUGCGCCAUUUUCUUUUUCUCCUUCCUCCAUCUGAAGUCUGUUAAAUAAAGUGUGCCUAAAUGCCGUCCCAUGGAGGGAUCCCACUGUACAGUACAUCCCAGAAUCCUCUGUCAUCCACCUGAGGGUCAUUUGGGCAUGUGUGUGUGUGUGUGUGUGUCUGAGUGUGAUAUAUGACGUGCGUCUGGGUUUUGCCCACAGAUUUCGGACCACACGUGCGUCUCAGCGGAACGCUUAUUUCUAUAUGGUUCCUCGCAGCUCUCGUUGUCCUGACCAAUGAUGACUAGAACGUUUUAAGUCUGUGAUGAGGAAAGAUCUUUUGUAAACAAUAUUUUUGUGUGUCUGAGUCCAGUGAUUUCCUUCAUCGUCUGAUUUCAUUUUAUUCUCUGUACACUUUUUGUUCUGUACAGAUGAAAGUUGAACAUUUUGUUAAUAAUGAUGAUGAUGAUAAUAAAGUCUGCAAGGUUUUUAUUCCAC